UCUACGGGCGCUCGGGGUCCGCUCGGCACUCCGGUCUCCGGCGGGAGCCUGAGGACGCGGCGAGGGUCUGUCUCUGUAGGACUCCAGGCUGCGGGCGCGGCCAUGGCCCCGGUGCUGAGCAAGGACGUGGCGGACAUAGAGAGUAUCCUGGCUUUAAAUCCUCGGACACAGUCUCAUGCAACUCUGCGUUCCACUUUGGCAAAGAAAUCAGACAAGAGACAUUGGAAAAGAAAUCCUGAUAAGAACUGCUCUAAUUGCGAGAAGCUGGAGAAUAAUUUUGAUGACAUCAAGCACACGACUCUUGGUGAGCGAGGAGCUCUCCGAGAAGCAAUGAGAUGCCUGAAAUGUGCAGACGCUCCCUGUCAGAAGAGCUGUCCGACUAAUCUGGAUAUCAAAUCGUUCAUCACGAGCAUCUCAAACAAGAACUAUUAUGGAGCUGCUAAGAUGAUAUUUUCUGACAACCCACUUGGUCUGACCUGUGGAAUGGUAUGUCCAACAUCUGAUCUUUGUGUAGGUGGAUGCAAUUUAUAUGCCACUGAAGAGGGACCAAUUAAUAUUGGUGGAUUGCAGCAGUUUGCUACUGAGGUGUUCAAGGCAAUGAAUAUCCCACAAAUCAGGAAUCCUUCUCUGCUGCCCCCGGACGCGAUGCCCAAAGCCUAUUCUGCAAAGAUCGCCCUUCUGGGCGCUGGGCCUGUGAGUAUAAGCUGUGCUUCCUUCUUGGCCCGGUUAGGCUACUCCGACAUCACCAUAUUCGAAAAGCAAGAAUAUGCGGGUGGUUUAAGUACUUCUGAAAUCCCUCAGUUCCGGCUGCCGUAUGAUGUAGUGAAUUUUGAGAUUGAGCUUAUGAAGGACCUUGGUGUAAAGAUAAUUUGUGGUAAAAGCCUUUCAGCGAAUGAAAUUACUCUUAGCACUUUGAAAGAAGAAGGGUACAAAGCUGCUUUCAUCGGGAUAGGUUUGCCAGAACCCAGAAAGGAUCACAUCUUCCAAGGCCUAACGCAGGACGAAGGGUUUUACACAUCCAAAGACUUUCUGCCACUUGUAGCCAAAAACAGUAAAGCAGGAAUGUGCGCCUGUCACUCUCCACUGCCAUCGAUACGGGGAGCCGUGAUUGUACUUGGAGCUGGAGACACAGCUUUCGACUGUGCGACAUCCGCUUUGCGUUGCGGAGCCCGCCGAGUGUUCAUCGUCUUCAGAAAAGGCUUUGUUAAUAUAAGAGCUGUCCCCGAGGAGAUGGAGCUUGCCAAGGAGGAAAAAUGUGAAUUUUUGCCUUUCCUGUCCCCACGGAAGGUUAUAGUAAAAGGUGGGAGAAUUGUUGCUAUGCAGUUUGUUCGGACAGAGCAAGAUGAAACUGGAAAAUGGACUGAAGAUGAAGAUCAGAUAGUCCAUCUGAAAGCCGAUGUGGUCAUCAGCGCCUUUGGCUCCGUUCUGAGUGAUCCUAAAGUAAAAGAAGCCUUGAGCCCUAUAAAAUUUAACAGAUGGGGUCUCCCAGAAGUAGAUCCAGAAACUAUGCAAACCAGUGAACCAUGGGUGUUUGCAGGUGGUGAUGUUGUUGGUAUGGCUAACACUACAGUGGAAUCCGUGAAUGAUGGAAAACAAGCCUCCUGGUACAUUCACAGAUACAUACAGUCAACAUAUGGGGCUUCAGUUUCUGCCAAGCCUGAACUUCCCCUCUUUUAUACUCCUAUUGACCUGGUGGACAUCAGCGUGCAAAUGGCUGGAUUGAAGUUUGCGAAUCCUUUUGGUCUUGCCAGUGCAACUCCGACUACCAGUUCAUCAAUGAUUCGAAGAGCUUUUGAAGCUGGAUGGGGUUUUGCCCUGACCAAAACUUUCUCUCUUGAUAAGGACAUAGUGACAAAUGUUUCACCCAGAAUCAUCCGGGGAACCACCUCUGGCCCCAUGUAUGGCCCUGGACAAAGCUCCUUCCUGAAUAUUGAACUCAUCAGUGAAAAAACGGCUGCAUAUUGGUGUCAAAGUAUCACUGAACUAAAAGCUGACUUUCCAGACAACAUUUUGAUUGCUAGCAUCAUGUGUAGUUACAACAAAAAUGACUGGAUGGAGCUCUCCAAAAAGGCUGAGGCUUCCGGAGCAGAUGCCCUGGAGUUAAAUUUAUCGUGUCCACACGGCAUGGGGGAGAGAGGAAUGGGCCUGGCCUGCGGGCAGGAUCCAGAGCUGGUGCGGAACAUCUGUCGCUGGGUGAGGCAAGCUGUUCAGAUUCCUUUUUUUGCCAAGUUGACUCCAAAUGUCACCGAUAUCGUAAGCAUCGCCAGAGCGGCAAAGGAAGGUGGCGCAGACGGCGUUACAGCCACCAACACUGUCUCAGGUCUCAUGGGACUCAAAGCCGAUGGCACACCCUGGCCAGCAGUGGGCACUGGGAAGCGAACUACAUAUGGAGGAGUAUCUGGCACAGCCAUCAGACCUAUUGCUUUGAGAGCUGUGACCACCGUUGCUCGUGCUUUGCCUGGAUUUCCCAUCUUGGCCGCUGGUGGAAUUGACUCCGCUGAAAGCGGUCUUCAGUUUCUCCACGGUGGCGCUUCUGUCCUCCAGGUAUGCAGUGCUGUUCAGAAUCAGGAUUUCACUGUCAUCCAAGACUACUGCACUGGCCUCAAAGCCUUGCUUUAUCUGAAAAGCAUUGAAGAACUGCAAGACUGGGAUGGGCAGAGUCCAGCUACCGGGAGUCACCAGAAAGGAAAACCGGUUCCUCUUAUUGCUGCACUCGUGGGCAAGAAACUGCCAAGUUUUGGACCCUAUCUUGAGCAGCGCAAGAAAAUCGUAGCAGAGGAAAAGAUAAGACUAAAAGAACAAAGUGCAGCUUCUCCACCACUUGAGAGAAACCAUUUUAUCCCCAAAAAGCCUAUUCCUACAAUUAAGGAUGUAAUUGGAAACGCUCUGCGGUACCUCGGAACAUUUGGUGAACUGAGCAACACAGAGCAAGUUGUGGCUGUGAUCGAUGAAGAAAUGUGUAUCAACUGUGGUAAAUGCUACAUGACCUGUAACGACUCUGGCUACCAGGCUAUAGAGUUUGAUCCCGAAACCCACCUGCCCACCAUUACUGACGCUUGUACAGGCUGUACCCUGUGUCUCUCCGUCUGCCCUAUUAUCGACUGCAUCAAAAUGGUUUCCAGGACAACACCUUAUGAACCAAAGAGAGGCUUGCCCUUAGCUGUGAAUCCGGUGUGUUAAGGUGAUUUGUGAAACAGUUGCCGUGAACUUUGAGGUCACCUACAUAUGCUGAGCUUUUUAAUUGUGAUCUUUGUACUCAGCUCUUUCUAAAUUAAAACGUAAUUUCUAAAUAAAAUAUAAUUUCUAAAUAAAUUUCUAAGUUAAAAAAAAAAACUCUACUGCCAGUGACCAUUCAAUUAAUGGUCAUAAAAUACCAUAGUUCUUUUCUCAUAGCAGUUAAAUAACUGUGUAGCAGUUAACUGGAUGUUCACCAUCAGUUGUCCAUUGUGAAGAAUAUUAACAUUUUUGUGGCGAUCAAUGUGAUGGUUUCCACAUUGCCCUAUGCUGUGUCCUGUCUUUGAUUUCCAAUUGUAAGUGAAAUUAAGUAUUUUAGAACAAAGUACAAUUUCACGUCCAAGGAAACAUUUUAUAAUUCAAAAUUACAUUUAAUUUCAACACUGUCUCUAAGCAAAUAUUAUUAGCUCCACAAAGCUCAAGUAAAGUCAAAUAAUUACUUACUGUGGCAGGAAAAGAAAACCAAUGAGGGUCUGCUAAACUUUUUAAAGACCCCUUCACUGAAAUAACUUCUUUCCGGUGCUGGAGGCUACAAGUGAGUGUUUAGUGCCCAUUGCUACCGCACUGCGCUAUUCACCGCUCAUGCCCGAGACAGGUGUCCCGACUCCACCAAUGAAUCAACAUGACAAUCUUCUUUAAAUAUUUAAACUAUGUUCAUAACAAAGUGAGAAGAUAGGAUGAAGCUCUAGUUAAAGCCACUCUUUUUUCGCUGUGCACAGAUCUGUUCUAUCUGCUUCUAACAGUAACCUUCAUAAUUAGAGCAAUCAGUGUUUGAACAAAGCCCAGAUUAUACAGCAGUGGGUCACAUGUUUCAUUGCUCAAGAAUGAAAAAUAUAGUAUUGGUAAUAGAUAUUAAAUGUGCAAUUACUGCUUUAAUGACUCUACUUUAGUGUUUAUGUGGAAUUUCAAAAGUAAUUGAAUAAAAAAGAAAUAAAUAUUUUAUGCUAUUGCCAAAUAAUAUUUCUGUAUUUCUCUAUUUUCAUAAUCAGCAAAUAGCAUUCUAUAAAUUCAUUUAUCUCUCUUUGAGGCAUAUUUUAAUACGAAUCCAUAAGUAGUAAAUCUCUAUGUGACAAUCCAUCGCAUAUUUUGAUGACAAAUGCAAGAUCUAGAAAAAUUAAAUGUUUGAUUUUGCAGUUUUUGAAAUGCACCUUUACCACAAAAUCUGUAUGAUUGAAUUAAUAUCAAAUAAAAUUUUAUAAAGCAUUUUAAACAA